CAUGUGGAAAAGGAAAGCGCAGGGCGGGCUGCGAGCAGAUCGAGAGACGGCUCGGCUGCGAGGAGCGUAGGGCCGGCGGAGAAAGAUGGCCUUGUCGCGGCGGCUUUUGGUGUGUAGCAUACUCUUGCUCAGCUGUCUCUGUAAGCAGGCGCUGCUGCAGAGGCUCCCCGGUGGACUGACGGAGGCUUCCCUGGAGGACCCCGGCGUGCGUCGGGCCCUUCAGUUCGCCAUAAAUGAGUACAACAGAGCCAGCAAUGACAUGUAUAGUAGUCGCGUGUCCGAAGUCGUCAGAGUCCAAACGCAAGUUGUCAGCGGACUAAAGUAUUACUUCACUGUUAAGGUUGGGAGAACAGUUUGCCGUAAGGGAGUAAGUGAUCUUGAAAACUGUGCACUUCAUGAAGGACCUAAUCUGGCAAAGACUAUGACUUGCAAUUUUGAGGUUUACAGUAUUCCUUGGAUGAACAGUAUUUCCCUUCAAAAAAGUAACUGCGCCUAAAAACAUAUUUGUGUCCUACAAGACAGCUUUCUGCUAUUCUGAUCCUGUUUCUCUAAUCAAGAUGAGUAUCAAUCCAGAUACAUUCUCAAGUGAGAAUUGUUGCCGCUAAUUCAGCCAUGCUUAUAUAUACAUGAAGCAAAUAAAUUCAUGUAGUCUUCCUUUUAGAAUACUGUAUAAACUUGUCAUCUUAUUUCACAAGCAUAGUUUGUAUCAUAGUUAAUUAGCAGAGAAAAUCACAUUAAAGUUUUUCUUGUCAAAUAUUAA